UUCAAGAUUAUUUUUUCACCCUAAGUGUAUGGAAUAAUCAAAGAUACUACCGAAAAUGUUCGAUUUUAAGCCAGCUCCGUUGGAUUAUAACAAUGGCGUCCAUUUCUUUGGUGGUGUUAGGGUAGGGUAGUCUACCUAUUUUGGGUACAUAUCCUAUGCUUUAGAAGUUAGUUUUCAUGCCGGAAGAAUAUAGCAGUUGAAAUAGCAUGAUUGAUGUCAAAUGUGAAAUACAAGGGCGAUUAGCAGGAUUCAGCAGUUCUUAUUUUCAUGUAGGUUAAGAGUGAUGUCAGAACUAGCUGAUUGGAACGUGAGAUAUUUUGGAUGAUCGAAACACGAUCGCAUUGUUGACGUAAUACAGUGGAUCCUCGAUUAUCCCUGAGCGGAAGAUUCGCGUCGACGAGUUCCACAGUGAAACUAUAGGUCUUCCCGGACCUUGCACCAUCUGACUACUACUCAGCUCGAUUUCUGCUGAACUUUCUUGAUGGAUAAACUAUUUAGCAUGAGAGCUGUCGUUCGGAAAAAAAUACAUCCGUAAACCACAGAAGUUAUGAAUUCAAAAAUUGAACAGACUGUGGAUAUUUUUUAAUUGACUCAUCAGCUUCAUUUGUUGCUAUAUUUUAUGCCAUCUUUAAUUUGAACAAAUUUUUCAUAUGACCACCGCUUACCACUGUCACAUAAUCUUAUUGAAAAGGAAUGUCAUCAUCGAUUUCAUCAAUUUUCGAGCCGUACUCUGACCAUUCAAAACUGUGAUUUUUCGUGUAUUUAACCCUUUUACGGGUAGUGGCAACUAUGUUGCUACCAACAAUUUUAUUUUUUUCUCUUUAACAAUGAAUUAUCACUUCUUAUAUGGUAACUAGUCCUGAUAUCUAGCAAAAAAAAUCAAAAACUAUUCAUUUUGGAGCCAUUUUCGUGUCAACAACUCCCAAUUUAGAGCAACUGGAGCAAAUUUCCCGAAAAGUUAUUGAAAAACAGUCAAUUUGUUGUAGUUUUCAAUACAUUUGAACUGUUUAAGACCUGCUGUCUCUGAUUAUGAGUUUUAUUAGUUGUUUUUUUGUUGAAACUAACAAAAAAAUCGAUUUUACCAAGUAUUUACCGCUAGACGGGCAGGUGGCAGCUAUAUUGCCUCCGCUCUUUUUUUCAAUGUUUUUAAUUGUUUUACGUUUUUGUUGAUUACAUGCCUAGUUCUUACGGCCCGUUAAAGGGUUGAUAGUGAUUCGCGGGCCACUGAGCCACUUAAUCGGUAAUUUUGUUAGUUGACAUAGACGUCCACAUGGUUGUUAAAAAAUCGCUCCUAACCAUCAAUGAAUAUGUAUAUCUCUCAAAUCGAAUAUUUGAAAAUCACCUCCAGCAGGCGAUGCUCUUUUAUUCUUCAUAUGUACACAGACAGUAUACUUGGGACGAUGAACUACCAAGAUCAAGGCUGACCAUACCAUUCAGGGUGAUGAAAUUCAUCCUAGGGUCGCCGACCCGCUAUCUGAAGCGGCGGUCUAUCCCAAGCAAUCCUGCGUUCCACCGAUUGCCCGGUUAGUUUGAAACAUAGGAGACAAUUCUUUAGUUUCGUCCGGCAUACGUUAGCCUGGUGCAUAACGUUUGCCCGGUUCGCUCCGAUGGCGUUCAUACGUAAAUAGCGCAAUUCCCAAAUACGCAUUUUCGUAGCACUAAAAAUAACAAAACAGUGCAAACAACAAGGCAAGAACAAUACAAAGGAUAACGGAGUGCCCGUGCGAAAAAUAAAAUUGUUAUCUUUCGAAUUUCGGCUCCGGUGACGCAGCCUUGUAAGUACCCAAUUCAGGAAUAAAAAUGAGACACGCAAACCCAAAAAACUCAAAAUUUUUUUUUUGAAGAAUUUCAAUGAGUAAAUAAAACUAGAAGCAAGGUAUACGUAGGACUACCGCUGUCUCUGUAAUCAUUCGUUUGAUAUUGCACCUGAAUCAAUUCUCAAAGAAUGAAUGAAUAAUGGAAAGAUUGCUGAGAGUUUUCCUUGUUAGUGUGUGAGUGGAUGAGUAUGAGUAUGAAAUUGUAAUUAAUUAAUAUGUUAUUGAAUUCAACUAUUUCGAACUUGUUGGUGGUCCAGAAAAGAACCGACGGGUUUGCGUGUUUAUGCAAAAGCAACUGAUGAAGUUUGAUACAUAAUUUUAUUUUGUUCUCGUGAGAAUAAUACACGAGAGUUUUCAUGACCACUCCACGUGGAUGCAGAAUAGAAACUGAUGCUCUUGGAUACGAUUACAUCACUGAAACUGAAUGUGCAGAUCUUCCUUCGGUCGACCGCAAUUACAAGCAAACAUUUCCUUAUGACCAUUCCAUGCGAAAGCAAAACAGAAACUGAUGCUUUUGGAUAUGAUUGCAUCACGGGAACCCCAUGUGCAAAUCUUCUUUUGUUCGUGCGCAUCUACAAGCCAACAUUACCUUCGUCACAGCCUGCAUGUAUUCGCUAUGACGGUUUCUCCAGAUGCCUCUUUUGCGUCCGUGUUCGGGUACACACUCUGACCACCACAAAAGCAAUCAUCAUCAAUGAGCUAGAUUGUUAUGAUUUCAAUAGCCUGUUUUCAUAGCUGAAUGAACUAAUUAUUAUACCACUCCAUUCAGCCGGUAAAGAGGUAUUAACUUUCAGAACAAAACCAAAACCUCACUCUCGUUUUCGAAACUUUGAACUUACAUUCCGGUACAAAAAUGAAAGACGUAGUUCUACGUCAAAACCAAUCAAUCAAACAUUCCUAGAUGUACCUGUUUAGAGGCGAAUGAACUGGAAAGUUUAAAGCCUCUUUAAAACAAAGAGGAAGAAGAAGAUGUACCUGCAUUAGUCUCUACAAAGAAGAAAAUUUUAGAUGAUUGUCAGACUUUGCGAAGAAGGUUAUGAUUUUCGGAAAUUUUUUCAUAAAAUUUGUCGCAAUCCACUUCAAAGUUAUGUUUGACAAUUAUCAUAGCGUUUAUGUCGUGACUUUUCUGUUGAUGAAAUAUAGAUCAUCGUAGAAAAAUCUUUUAACUGAUGCGCUACUACCAGCCAAACACAAAAUACAGUCAACUCUUCAUAACUCGAUACCUCCCUAACACGAUGGUCCCUUGGAUAUCGAGUUAGGGAGAGAUGACUGUAUAAUCAAUAAGCUUCACGAAUUCCUUAAAUUUCAGAAAAUUGUUUUCCUUUUCCGAGAACACAGGACGAUUUGUAACUGGUACGGAUUAUAUGUUUCAACUUUGUUAUCUCAUUAAUUAUAAUUCCUAAUAACAAUCUAUACAAAAAGGAAGUUCUUUUUUACUAAUGCCAAUUUGAAUCUCUGGCAAUUCCGGAAUGGACUUUAAUAUAAAACUGUUAUGUUUCUCCUAGACUAUCCUUCCAUUUUUCAAUGUACUCUAACGCAGUAUCAUUAGGAUUUUCCAGUUUUGAUAGAUUUAGUCUCCUGUAUUGCACCUGAAUCAACUAGUCCUACGUCAAAACUACUGUGCAUUUUUGUACUUACCUACCUGUGUUUUCUAUCCGAGUAACGAGUGAAGUGGUGAGGUAUCAUUUUUAUAUACCACUGCGAAUAGGGCGUGCGUAAUUCGCUCGCUCGAAAUUCAAAUGCAGCGCUCGUUCAUACGGACGCUGUGGAGAGAGGACAUAUUGCAAAUUAGUCUCACACGUUUAUAACUUAUUGGGUAUGAAUAAACAAUUCACGAUUUCUAAUACUCAGUCCAAUCACUUCAGAGAAUCGAAAAAAUAUUUGAAAACAAUCGCUCAGGAAUGCGACAGAGAGCUUUUCGUCGCCAUUUUAAUAUUCCAUGCGCUAAAUCGAACUAAAACUGAAACGCUUCAAAAUAUGUAUACUGUAACACGACUCAUUGAUGCUUAACGUUGCUGAGCCAGUUAAAAAUAAAUUAAAUUAAAAAAAAUGUUUACUGUAGCAUUUGUAGAGAGUAGAUACAGUACAUUGGGUUCCCGUGGGUUUCCCAUCCAAUACCGAAAGUUUUUCUUGUUUGCAACCAUACUCCUGUGGAAGCGAUCCUCUUCAUUACUCGCGAAAGCCUCCUGUAGAGGAUUGUCUGAAGUAUUUCUUCACAAUGUCUUUUGCGUCAGAUAUGAUUACGUAAAUUUAAUUCCUAAGUUAAUAUGGUUUUGUAGAGAUGGAACUUUAAAUCAAAGCGAAGCAACACUGUAUUUGUUCACAGACCAUCUCGGUGACUGCUCAAUUCAAACUCAUACUCUUAGAUUUCCAGGAGGUUUCAACUCCUAUAUCUUCCAAUUGUUUCCCUUAGAAUUGUGCUUCCUAUGGUAGUCACACGGGUCAACCAUUGCUUUAGCCAUAGGGAACCGAUUAUGAGCAGGGAAUGCUAAAAUGUUACGCAAUCACGGACCUUCGCUUGUUCUCAUAAAACACGCUGAUGAAGAAGUUCCGAUAUUCAUCCGACCAAUAAUUUUAAUAAUUUUUUUUAGAACACUUUGCACCCCACUAGUCAAAAAUACUGCUUUUAUUUUGUGUUGAAAAAUUUUAAUAAAAUCAUCAAAAUUAACAGCAACAUUAGUGGCAGAGAUACAUCAUCUCUUUCGACAAGGACAAUAAAUGUUUAAAAGAUCACUAAUAGUAGUAUAAUAUGACAGUAUUACAUUUUUUUCUUUAUACUCAAAAUACGGUACAAAAUGAUAAAAAUACGAAACGAUGAAAAAUGGUCGAAAAUAUGGAACUGCAAUAAUACGAAAGGGGAAACCAUGGUCUCUACUAUGCAAGGUGUAUCGUGAGUGCAAGUUACAAACGAACAGUCCCGUUCGAUACAGCUGAUGAUUAGAAGUUAUUCGGACUCUCUACAACAGGGGUUUUCAAAUGGUGCUCCGCGAAGUUAUAAGAAAUGCUCCCGCUUGAAAACUUACCUUGAAAAAACAUUCUUUAUUCUAACUUCACUGGGCAUAUAGUGAUUCAUCUUGUUUACUCCGGGUAAGAUGUCGUGUAACUGUGACAAGCAAUCGAAAUAGAGUUGUUCCCAGUUAGGUAAUCUCAAUGCAAUAGGAUUUGUUUCAUUAAUUAAAAAAUGCAGGUGCUCCGUCAAAUGUUUUUUCCAUGAAAAGUGCUCUGUCCUAAAAAAAGUGAAAACCCCUGCUCUACAACUUACGAAUAAUUUAGAUCUUAGGCGUCGUGCACAAAUUAUGUAACGCUAAAAAGUCGGAUUUUGAACCCACUCCCCCCUCUACGUAACGCAUUUUUCUAUCUAAUACACAGUAAGUAACGCAACCUUUACCCCUCUUCCCUCCCUCUUGUUCUACAUAAUUUGAGCACGACGCCCUAUGACAGUCGUUGUGGGAUUUCAAGCUUUCUAUCCGCGUUGACGGCAUUGAGCUUCGUAUCACAGAAUGGGGGAGUAGGCAUGACAAUAUGGGUUUGCAGAAGAAAUGAACAAACUUUUAAAAUAAAAAUUAUGAAUUAUGAAAAAACCACUUUUGCUUACAAGUAGUGAAAAAAAAUACAAAAAUUGUGUCUGAAGAUAAUUUUAUAUUAUAAUGGUAAGUUUUGGUGAGAAUAUCGGAAAAUAAUAGAAAAUAGCUUAAAUUAGGAUCAGAACAACGUAAUUUUAGUAGGUAAAUAACGCCAAGAAAUAAAAUUCAUAUAAAUUUUAGCAAUUUAAAACUGCCUUAGGGCCGGCUAAUCUGACAGAGAAUAGUUGGCCUCAUACAAACUAAUGUCGUAUCCAGAUGUCGACACCAUUCCGCCGUCAACGCGAAUUGCACUGACCGAAGUAAGUGGCUGACUCGUGGAAGAACGUUGUUUCGUGUCGGUUUUAUUUUGCUCUCGUCUCCCGCCCGAUAAUCAGCAUACGGUUCGAUGCAAUUUAUUCAUUUAUUAUCAGCAGAUUCGGUCGAAUCUUAUCCUGCCCAAAAUCGAUUUUUAGAUUAAAACAAUUCCGAAUAUUCUCGAAAUAGUUUUUCUAAUUACAUAUCCGCUAUCGAUAACAUAUUAGGCUGUCAAAAAAGUCCUGCGGUAUUUUUUUUUUGAAUUUUCAUUUGUUCAUAAAAUUAGUUAUAAUCAUCUGUUUUAAGUCAAAUAUGCGCCGUUUUGUUCGAUGACUUGUUCCCAACGAGAUGCCAACUUCAUAAUACCCCUGUUAUAGAAGCUCGCUUCCUUAUUGGCAAAAAACUCGGAUAGCCAAUUUUCACAGGCCUCUUUUGUGGCUAACUUCUGAUUACCUAGCUCGUUCGCCAUGGACAAAAACAGGUGGUAGUCACUUGGUGCAAGGUCCGGACUAUACGGCGGAUGUAAAAGAACCUCCCAUCCGAGCUCCUGGAGCUUCUGGAGCUCCAGGCCUGGCGUUGUCCUGAUGGAAGACAAUGCGGCCUCUGUUUAUCAAAGAUGGCCUCUUCUUCAUGAGUGCUACCUUCAAGCGGUCCAGUUGUUGGCAGUACAGGUCCGAAUUGAGCGUUUGGCCAUAGGGAAGCAGCUCAUAAUAGAUUAUUCCUUGACAAUCCCACCAAACACACAGCAGAACCUUCCUGGCCGUUAAUGAAGGCUUGGCCACCGUCUGAGUCGCUUCAGCGAGCUUCGACCACGACCGUUUGCGCUUCACGUUGUCGUUGUCCACUUUUCAUCGCCAGUCACCAUCCGCUUCAGAAACGGGUCGAUUUUGUUGCAAUUCAGCAGCGAUUCACGUGCGUCGAUACGGUCAAAGAUGUUUUUGGCGUCAACGUGUGUGGCACCCAUACAUCGAGCUUCUUUGUGAAUCCAAGCUUCUUCAAAUGGUUAAUAACGGUUUGAUGACUUAUCCCCAGCUCUUGGCCGAUGCUACGGCUGCUACUAUGCCCGUCUUUCUCGGCUAAUACAGCGAUUUUGUUGCAAUUUUCGACGACAGGCCAUCCGGAGCGUGGCGCAUCUUCGACGACCUCUACACUAGAACGAAAACGUUGAAACCAUCGUUGUGCGGUGGAAAUGGAAACUGUAUCGAGUCCAUAAACUGCACAAAUUUUAUUGGCAGCUUGAGAUGCAUUUUUGCCUUUUUUUUUAUAUAUCUGUAUUAUAGUGAUUUUCAACUCAUUAGGCUGGUUCGUCACUUUUACUUCCAUUUUUGGAAGAAUGUCGGGAGUGAGAAUUGAACUCGUGACCUUUAGCGUGAGAGGCAUGGAUGUUACCACUACGCCAGAUCGCCUCCUAUUUUUGCCUUUGUCAUAGUAGUACUGUAAAAUAUGUCGGAUUUUCUCUUUAUUUUGCACCAUAUUUGCGACACUAUAACUCACGAACGACUUAACCAAACAAAACACUGUGCGCGCAAAAAUACUUUUCCUACAAGCUAUAGUAUGACUCGAUACAGUGAAUACAACUAGAACUACGCGCUUACAACGACACCUCGCGGAAAUACCGCAGGACUAUUUUGACAGCCUAAUAUGACGCCAUUCGAAUUUCAAUUAGUGAUUUCAUGAAACACUUUUCGAAAACGAUUUGAUUUAAACUCUUUAUUUCCAUUAAAUGCCUUCGAAAUCCUUCCAUCCCUAACGGGAAACACUGCUCACAAUCGCAUGAGUCGUUUGUGAUGUGCCGGCUCUUCCAAGACUCCAAAAAUAGGGGAACCGCGGGUAAUACGGACAGUGGGGGUAAAAUGGACAGGUGGUUGAUUUGUAUAGUUACAUUUCGAAUUUCAGAUUUCUGUUAAUGAGAACACCAUCUACAUGUUAUUCUAUAAUAUUUAAGCCACCCUAUGGCAAUGAAUACUGAUCUAAAGUGGAAAAGGGAAACAAAAACCGAAAAUCAUACAUGAUUCCACGUGUGGAUGUGAUUUUAGAUGUUUCGAUAUUAAGCAUUUUGAGUGGUUUAAUAUCAAAAUUCAAUUCGCUGAUGGUUAUAUUUCGGUUUGUGAGUUAACAGAGAAGCGAUAUUAGGUAUGUACGGAAAAGUAAAUUGAUUUUGAGUGGAAAAUUUAAAUUAUUGAAAUAAGUGUAUUGGUGAGAUGGACUGUGAAAGGUCUGUUUAAUCUGUUCCUAAGGAAUGCUCCGCGUCUAUAAAUGGAAAUCAAACCGCCAAAUGUGGACUGUUUAGAAGCUGACUGGAACCAGUCUGUCAGUUUAUACUGCUGAAAAGCACGAUAUCACUUCUAGGUGGAUGAAUUCGUUUUUUCAUCAUUUAACGGACAUUCGUGAUGAGUUCAGACCUUGGUUGAAUAAAAUUAUUCCUCUCGCGAUUGAUUUUUUUAUUAAUUCGUUUAUUUUUACAGGCUCAGUUAAAUAAGUUUUAAGGAGCCGAAUUCAUAAUUAUAUUUUUAAAACUAUACAUAAACAAUUUUCUUAAAUCUAAGGUUAGUAAGGUAGAAAACUAAUUACUCGCGGUCUACUCGAGUGUAGAAGGGUGACAUAUUUUUCCAGGAAAAGGAUGGAAUAUGAGGAUUGUAACAAUGUUGAUGAUCACACUAAAUUGUUAAAUCUAUUCGUAUAUCCAUAGUGUAUUUACAUUUCAACAUGAUCUACUGUUUAUAACAAGGGGACCUUUUACUCGCAGAGGAAGAAAAGAUAAAACUUUACGCUUCAUAUAUUACAAACCUGUUCCUAUUUCCCCUCACUACAUGCCCAUAUUACCCGCAUCGAAACAAAAGUUGUACUUUUCGGCCUGAAACAGUAUAUUGAAUUGCAAGAAACUGCAUCAAAGUUUUGGGAAACAUGAGUUAAAGUGAAGUUGGCGUUAUAAUUGUCAUAAUAAGGUUCUUCUCAACAUGUCCGUUUUACCCCCACCUCCCCUACAUCUAAUUAUUGAAGUUGAAAUUUAUGAAACCAACAUCACAUUACCCUUUCAUUAAUUUGUUGAGUCAGCUUGAAAAAUGGGAAGGUGGAUAAAGAUAAAGUUCAUUUAGUACCGUAAGCACCAUGUUGUAUAGCUGUUUUUUUUGUAUUAAAUAGUUUAUCACAAGUUUUUAUUCAUCAAAAAGUUUACUCGGGAAACGAAUAGAACGAAUAUGAAGAAAUAUGCAUCAUUAUAAUACUAGGUCAAACUUGCGACAUAAGAAUCAUAGAACAAAGGAAAUAAAAAAGUUAGGAUAUUCCGCAACUGUGUAGGGAUCCUUUGAAGAAUCAUUCAUAUCAAUGACCUAUGGUAGAGGCGAAUGAACCUCCAAGUUUAAGUUUAAGUUUAAGUUUAAGAAAGAAUGAAAUUUGAUGAAAUUUGGUAAAAACAAAGUUUCAUUAAUUUUUUUUUUGUUAGAAGACUAAUCGAUGCAUCUAAUUGCAUUCAAAUAUAAAACUAAAUAUCACUUGUAAUGUUUACAAUAGUUUAAGUAGUGCACGUUUCCGAUGAACAUAGAAAACAUUAGUUUGAACAGAGAUAAAAGAAAGCGAGUUCAAUGACUGCCGUGGUAACUGGAAGUUGAGAAUACCUCAAUUACUCUUUAACUUUUUGUCGAUAGGAUUGUUUUUACUUUUUAUAGAACAAUUUCUAGUAGGUAACCGAACUGUUACCUGCGAAGUCAUAUGUAAGCGGAAAUUGCAUAUGAAUCGACGUAGGAAUCGAAAUAGGAAUGACUUUAAUUUAAAAACCACUCAAAACCCCGUUAAAACUGAAUACAUAUGCUUCCCAAUAAAAUGUUGUUAACAGUACAUUCAACAUGGCUAAAAAAAGUCACUUAUUCCGACUUGUACAUCUAGUAAAUAUCAUCUUUAGUUUAAAUAAACAUAAAAUCUGGGUAAGUAAUAAAUCCGAGGUAGAAAAUGAUGACUGAUUCUAGCCAUAAAGGAUGAUCCUGAUAAUAUUAACUUACGUCGAAGCGACAGUUAGUAUUUCAAAUGUUGAAUUUAAGGGUAGAUUAAUGUUUUAACGGUGCCCUGCUAUGGUAAGUAUGAGAUUCGGGAGCGAAAUUAGAUAAGGUGGUAACCCUCUGCUAGAUUGUAUACAUUUUUGUUGUUGUUGUUGUUCUCUUCUAAUAAAUAAAAGUCAAUGCCUACCCGAUUAUAACUGUUUAUCUUCUUUUACUUCUAUUCCUUACAGAUUAUUGCAAAAUUGAAAUUAAAACAAUCACCGAUUGAUUGUCAAUCUAGAUAUCACUAACAGUCAAGUGCCGAUUACGUAGUCCUUGCGCUGUUGAUUUGCGCGUGUACCGAUCACAUUGUCAACCGUGGUAGUGUGCGUGCGUGUGCAAAGUUAAAUACUUUUUGUGUGGGUGCCCCCGCUAGGUUACAGGUUCAGAACCCGACUGCUAUCCGGUUCUGAAUCUCGCCGUGGAGCACACAUUCCACUAAUUUAUCAACCCCUCGAAGCGAAUCAAGUCAAGUGAGAAAUCACUGUUCUGUUGUUGAAGGUGGUAUAUUACAAAAAAGCGUGCGAGUGUAUUAGUGUUCAAUAAGUGCAAAAAGAGAGAUAGUCUAAAGAAACAUUGGAACCUGAUCUAAAAUCCAUUCGCUGAGAGAAGAGUUUCUGGGAAUAACACGAUGAAUGACCCGGUGAUUAUAGUGGACGAGAACGACACCAACGCAGCGAUAACCAAGUUGGAUUACCACGAAAAGGCCGAACUUGAUAUAGAACAACAUCUGCUUGGUACAACGGUACCCCUUUCCGACGGCACCGAAGCAAAGGUGUUCAGCCGAAAUGGACGCAACAAAGAGAACCUUCUUAUCUACUCGUGUCAUCUCUGCGGAGUGGCAAAUCUGCCGGGUGAACGCGUUCUGCAGACCCAUAUUGCCGGUCGGAAACAUCAGGGCAGGUUGAACCACCCGGUGAUUGAUGCGGAUCUAUUCCGCAAUUCCAUGACUCCGAGAGUCGCAAAGGUCCAAAUGCAUAUCGCACGUGGAGAACCGGUUCCACCUGGCAUGGAGAACGAGGUGAAACCGGUGGCAGAGCUGCAGUUCACCAUCGAUAAGUUCAAGGAAGGCCCCAUGGUUGGCUUGGAAUAUAUCAUGGAACUGACAUCUGCCUGCGCUAAAGAACCUAGUUAUCACUGCGUACUUUGCGAUAAGAAAGGCGAUCCCAGAACCAUUGUGGUUCACAUUACCGGAAACGUGCACCGCGUGAAAUUUCUGGAAAAACACUAUCCUACCGUUAUCAACGAACUUGCCCCAUACCGCAUGCAGCAGGGCGGCGCCUGCAAGGAAAUCAUCCACCGUGUCAUUCAGACGGUCUGUGAAGCGAUUGAGGAUCAUCACGGUCGGCUGACUCCCACUGUCCACGAUUGCGCCGAUUAUACCCGGAACAAGAUGAAGUAUCUCCAGGAGGUAAUCUUCGAGAAGCAUUUCGACGAGCGUACCGGCCCGAAAUUUGUCGAGGUCAUUGACAAGAAGAUGCUCCAGGAGCAACUGGCCGCCGUGGGCGGUACGCUACCGGCCGCGGAACCAAAGCGCGAUCCUUCGCCACCGGUGGUGCAGGCGCCGCAGAAGAAAACCCGUGUCCCGAAAGCCGAUCGCAGUAGCUUGGACUCCAUUUCGAGUAUCGAUUCGGUGCAGAGCAUUUCUUCGAGUGACUCCAAGACCGAGCAACCGAGCCGCUCGGCAGCAGCCAAAAAACCGCGUCCUGGACAUAACAUAACCCGACAUAUAGUAGACCAUCGGCGAAGCCCAGUCCGACGUAGUCGUAGCCCGGAACGCCGUCGUAGUCGGAGUCUCGAACGCCGACGUAGUGUCGAGCGCCGUCGCAGUCCAGAUCGCCGCCGUAGUCGCAGCCCGGUUCUUCGACGUAGGAGUCCAAUCAGACGCAGUCCGCUGCCAUCGUAUCGCCGCAGUCCAGUUCGGAGUCGCUACGACCAGCGUACCCGUAACCGUAGCUCUCCGGUGAGACGGCGAUCUCGUAGUCCGCCACCGAGACGGCGCUCUCGAAGUCCAACGACGAGACGACGAAGUCCGGUCCGCAAUGACCGUUCACCGCUACGAUUCGGUGACAGGAAGUCCCUUUCGCCGGAACAGGACAAGCGUAUUAAGCUUCCGACACCGAAGGAGCUUGCAUUGCAAGCGUCGGAAAUUGCCCACGAGCGUUACAAGUGGGAAAAAUAUCGCUGCUCGCUUGAGAUCGCAGCGGCUCAAAUCGACAAAAUAUUCAAAGAGCAUGAGAAAAAUCCGGAGAAACAUCCGAUGUAUCCGGAGGAGUGGAAGAAGUUCUGGAACCGUCGAUACAAAGAGCUGCAGGCCGAGAAGAAAGAUCCAUCGAAGCAUGAUUUCCGACCGGAAUGGAUCGAAUUCUGGACUAAGCGGAUGAGGGAACUGCAUGACGAGGAGAUCGACAAGAAGAAGGCCGAAAUCAAAGAGAAGCUGAACUUGCCCGAAGAAGAGCCGGAGAGCACUAAAUCUCUUAAGGAACAGUACGCAGUGAAAAUGACCAGCAAGAAAAAGCAAUUGGUCGAAAUGAUUGAAUCCAGUGAUGACGAGCGGAUGAGCGUCAUAUCGAAGGUACCUUCAACCAAACCGAAGGCACAGAGCCGAAGCAAGAAAUCCAUUAGUCCGUUCAGCGACGAAGAAUUGGAUGAACGUUCGCGCCACAGUUCAAGCUACAACCGUGAUCGAGAGCGUGAAGUGGGGCGGGAACGAGACCGGGAGCGUGAAAAGGCUUAUCACAGGUCCGCUGCCUAUGCAAAACAUGCGCACGAUUAUGAUGAAUGGGCAAAGAAUUACUACGGUCCAAACAAAAAGGUGUUUGUGCGCACUGAGUUCAGUAACGAAGAUACGGGUCCGCUCAAUUUCGUUACGGUGUGUCGUUUGCUGACUGCGUUGGAAGAGUUUUUGGGCAGCUUGGGUCCGAAGGUAAUCGAUCUCCUCUCGAAAGCGCUUGCUUUGGAAAAAAUCAAAGCGAACUCCGCCGAUGAUUUGUUACUCAACGAAGACAAUUGUACGUUUUUGGAGACGGUCAAAGAGAAGCUCAAAGGUCACCUGAUGGCUGAAAUGGUGGAACUUCCGAAGAUCGUACCGAUCAAGAAAGCUAUAAAGAACAUCGCUAGCUUGAUUCACGAAGCCUCCAAGAAGGAAAAACAAGCUCAACCAGAGAACAAUGAGCAAAUUACAGAACCCAGCACAUCGCUAGGUCUGGCCGCUGGAGGUGUUGAUAAAGUAGCCAUAGCUCAAAAAUUGGCUGCAGCCCUUGUGGCGCAAGGUAAAACAGACUUCACUAGCACCGAAUUGGAACAGUUGAUCAAUGUGUACGUAGCCAUGGCGGAAGCAUCGAAAGAAAAAGAUAAACUUGUAACGACCAACGUGUUUCUCAAUCAGAUAGAAGCCCCAAAGCAAGAUACAGGAUCGAGGAGACCCGAAAACUCGAGUCGUCGCACUGAAGAUUUAAAGGAGGUUGACAACACCGAAGCCAAUGCUCUGGAAGGUUUAACGGAUUCGGAUUUGCAAACACUGCUGCAGAAUUUUAAAGAUCUUUCCAACGAGGAGCAACUACAUCUAAUCACUCAUUUGAAGAAGUUGGAGAAAACAGAUCCGGUUCGGGUGGAGAAACUGCGGAGAUAUGUAAAUUUGGACGACGAACCAAGCAGCAGCAGCCGGCAGAGAGGUAACUUUUUCAAUGAAGAUGACGACCAAGACAAUGACAGAGACGAUCAGAACUACGAUAUGGACGACGGUAGCUUCGAUAAUGAUGCACGAGCUUUCGAAGGCAGUCGACAACCACAGUCCAAUCCCACCAAAACACUAGCCUCAAGCUCUUACGGAAAAUCACCAGAGCCAUUCUCACAGAAGAAACUGAUUGAUUCGGAAGACGAAGAUGAUUAUAGCUAUGACGACGUGGUUCGAGCCGCGUCCAAAAACGUCACCAUUCCACCGACGCAAAGCAACAGCAACAGCCUGCAAGGUUCAACCCGUCGAAAUGAUUUCGCCAGCGAUCACCAAGAUGGAAACUCAAACCUUUCUCGAACCAGCAAUGAACUGAAUACUAACCAACUGGAUCCGCAGAACGUUAUUGCCAAUAUGAUGGGAUCACUGAAGCAAAAGCCAGCAUCGGUCGCGCAAAAUUCUCCCACAAAUUAUGGCAAUCCCAUUUCGACCAUCGGACAGAGUGCUGAGCCUUUGCGGCAGAGCAAUCCUCCCAAUCCCGCUUACGGCGAUUCCUAUGCUGGAGCUCCGAAGAAAAUACCUGUCACUGGCGGCGGUAACAACAACAGUUUUAUGAAUCAAAAUAGACCCCAAUUCCCACACACUCAGCCCGGGAACAACAACAUGAACAGUAUGCCGUAUUACUACCAGCAUCAGCAGCAGCGACCACCACAUCCUCAGCAACAGAGGCCACCACAUCCCCAACAACAGGCAGUCUACGGCGGACAGUUUGGCGGUCCGCACCAGCAACAGCAGAUGCCGUACGGCUGGCCACAGAACGCUGGCCCGCAUCAACCACCCCAGGGUGGUCCCUAUCCUUACGGGAAUAAUUAUUACUGAAGUAUGCCAGCGUGUGUGUGUGUGUGAAUGAAUAUUAUGACUAAUGUCCAACAAGUUGUAUCAUUUUGAGUAUAAUUAAGCUUACAUACUGGAUCGAAGAACUUGCGAAAAUAUAUCUUCCUGAAUAUAGAGCUUCGUGGGA